AACGUCACUUGUUCUCUCAUUCUGCACCGCGGCAUCACCAGAAGGUCCACCACGGACUCCUGAAUCGUCUUUUGGAACAACUCGUUGGAAAAGAUUUUCUUCCUUUUAAAACGCACCCUUUCACUCGAAAGCGCCGGCUUUUUUUCGUCUAACUGUCCUCCAUGAGAUUCUUCAGGCUUACCUUCAAGUGCUUCGUCGACUGCUUCUGAGUCUCCUGCGUCCCGCGGCGCUUGCUGACAUUUUUUUAAAAAAUCAUCUCUUGGCUGUGCUGAAGCGUUCAAACGUGUGAAAAAAAACCUGACUUCUUAAUAUUCUUAAUUGUAUUUUUUUAUAUUUCAAAGGUGAAAUAAACUGAUCAAAUCAAAGAGGUUGCUAAACAUAUCUGCCUCUCUUGGCACGUUUACCCUCCCUGGUCUAAAAACCAGCAGCCAGCUCUCGUCCCCCCCUCCCCAAUUUAAAUUCCAUAUCCAUUUUUUCUGGAACAGUUCAACAAUAUGUCAGCAGAAUUGGAAGAAAGUAAUCGAGGUGAAAUCAGCCUCCCUCAGUUGGAGGCUGGGGAGAUAUCCGAAGGUGAGGGUGGGGGAUCAGCUCACCCCCUGGUGUCUGUGCCCGGAGCCGGCCCAGGCCGCGCCGACGGUGGAGGAACUGGUCCUCCACAGAUCCAGGAUGGAACUGUUGCUGCGGCUGAUGUGGUUCCAGCGGUGGAAAGAGAAACCUGGACCAGACAGAUGGACUUCAUCAUGUCCUGCGUGGGUUUUGCUGUCGGCUUGGGCAACGUGUGGCGCUUCCCUUACCUAUGCUACAAGAACGGAGGAGGUGUGUUCCUCAUCCCCUACUUGCUGAUCGUGUUCAUCGGGGGCAUCCCUGUCUUCUUCCUAGAAAUCUCUUUAGGGCAGUUCAUGAAACAGGGAGGGGUCUCCGCCUGGAACAUAGCGCCUCUUUUCAAAGGUUUGGGCUUGGCCUCGAUGGUGAUUGUGUUCUUCUGCAACACUUACUACAUCAUGAUUCUGGUGUGGGGUCUCUACUUUCUCUUCCACUCUUUCACCAACCCACUUCCGUGGGCCACCUGCGGACACACUUGGAACACCCCCAACUGUACAGAGGACUUCCGGCGCACCUGCCACAACCGCAGUGUGGCCCAGUUGUCUCAGCUAUCAUCUGCUGCGCAAGCCGUCAAGCCUCUCGCCUCUGUGCUUCCACUGGACGUGUCCGCGACCCUUUCACUCCUUAACAACAGCUGCAUGGAGAUGGAAGGCAUGCGCUCCCCUGUCAUUGAGUUCUGGGAACGCAACGUUCUUCGCCUGUCCAGUGGCAUUGAUGAACCUGGCGACAUCAGCUACCAGAUGGUGCUGUGUCUCCUCGUCACCUGGGUCAUUGUUUACUUCUGCAUGUGGAAGGGAGUCAAAUCUACAGGCAAGAUUGUGUACUUCACAGCACUGUUCCCGUACGUGAUUCUGGUUGUUCUUUUGGCCCAUGGUGUCACACUACCUGGAGCAUUAGAUGGGAUUAUAUACUACCUGAAACCAGAUUGGUCCAAACUAGGAGAAGCACAGGUGUGGAUUGAUGCUGGCACCCAGAUUUUCUUCUCCUAUGCCAUCGGACUGGGUGCCCUGACGGCACUGGGCAGCUACAACCGCUUCAACAACAACUGUUACCAGGAUGCGUUUGUGCUGGCACUCAUUAACAGCGGAACCAGCUUCUUUGCAGGCUUUGUUGUCUUCUCCGUGUUGGGUUUCAUGGCUGCAGAGCAAGGUGUGGACAUCAGUAAGGUAGCUGAGAGCGGGCCUGGCCUGGCGUUUAUUGCCUACCCCAAGGCUGUGACUUUGAUGCCCAUGGCACCACUGUGGGCAGCACUCUUCUUUUUCAUGUUACUUGUACUUGGCUUGGACAGUCAGUUUGUCGGAGUAGAGGGUCUAAUAACCGGAGUCAUGGACAUGCUUCCACCCAAGUCGGCCCUUGCCUCCUUGCGGCGAGAGGUGGUGGCAGCCAUCUGCUGCUUCAUCUGCUUCGUCAUUGAUAUGUCCAUGGUCACAGAGGGAGGGAUGUAUGUCUUCCAGUUGUUUGACUACUACUCAGCCAGUGGCAUCACUCUGCUGUGGCAGGCUUUCUGGGAAUGUGUGGUGAUCGCGUGGGUCUAUGGAGCAGACCGUUUCAUGGAUGACGUGGCCCGUAUGAUCGGCUAUCAGCCCCUUCCCUACAUGAAGUGGUGCUGGUCUUACAUUACACCCCUUGUCUGUGUGGGAGUGUUCCUGUUCCAUGUGGUUAACUACAAGCCCCUAACCUACAACACUGUGUACACAUACCCAUGGUGGGGUGAAAUGCUUGGCUGGGCUUUGGCCCUUUCCUCCAUGCUUUGUAUCCCACUCACUGUUGUCUACAAGCUGCUGCGCAGCAAAGGAUCACUGCGGGAGCGCUGGCAGCACCUGACCACCCCUAUUUGGGGCAAACAUCACCUGGAGUACCUCGCCCCAGAGAGCGAGGCCAAACUGCUGCCCCCUGCAGGAUCUAAGAAUGACCAUCUCUUCGAAAGUGCCAGCAACAGCUCUCUGCGUUUCCAUGGCAACAAUGUCAAAGUGGCCACUCUGCUAGUAAAAGGGGGGAGGAGGAGACAAAGCGGACCAAUUGUGAGCAAUGGAACGCCAUCAGUGGGAGAGCAGAACAUGGACAAUUGGGACAACCCGCCCCCUGGUGGUCUAAUUGUGGUGUUGCAGCCCCAACGUAGUGGCGACACAAACAGUGACGUCUGGAGUGUCGCACGAGUGAGACUGACUGUUUAUAUGUCGCCGGUCACCAAAGCCCCAACUGCUUCGUCGACGGCUUCUGAGUCUCCCCAUCCAGCGGGCCGAACAUUGGUGGCCUCCUUUUCAUCGCUUUUGACCGAGCUCUCGAGUCACAUCAUCAGAUUGUCAUCAGAAAACUGUGUUUCAAAAGCAAAGUGGCAGCAAUCAGCAAAGAACAUCAGCAAGAAGAUUAAAGGUAAAAAUUGCCUCUGGAUGGAAGCGGGAGACCUGUCUGAAGGAGAGGCUAGGGGAUCCAUUCAUUCCCUUGUGCCUGUGUCUGGAGUGAGCUCAGUAUGCGGUGAGGGUAGAGAUGCUGCUACACCCCUGAGCCAGGACAGCGGUGGUUCAUCGGAACCAAGUGUUGCAGAGAGAGAAACCUGGACCAGACAGAUGGACUUCAUCAUGUCCUGCGUGGGUUUUGCUGUAGGCUUGGGCAACGUGUGGCGCUUUCCUUACCUUUGCUACAAGAACGGAGGAGGUGUGUUUCUCAUCCCCUACUUGCUAAUGGUGUUCAUCGGAGGCAUCCCUGUUUUCUUCCUGGAAGUUGCUUUGGGCCAGUUCAUGAAGCAGGGAGGGGUCUCCGCCUGGAACAUAGCGCCUCUUUUCAAAGGUCUGGGCUUGGCGUCUAUGGUGAUUGUGUUCUUCUGCAAUACCUACUACAUCAUGAUUUUGGCGUGGGGCCUCUACUUUCUCUUCCACUCUUUCACCAACCCGCUGCCGUGGGCCACCUGCGGACACACUUGGAACACCGUCCACUGCACAGUCAACUUCAGCCACAAUUGCCACAACAUCAGCGUGAACUCGUCUGCUGCUCAAGACGUGUCCUCGAACCAGUCCCUACUGAACGACAGCUGCGUGGAGACGGAAGGCAUGCGCUCCCCAAUCAUCGAGUUCUGGGAGAAUAAAGUUCUCCGUCUGUCUAGCGGGCUUCAUGAGCCAGGGAGCAUCAACUAUGAGGUGGCGCUGUGCCUCCUUGCCACCUGGGUCAUUGUUUACUUCUGCGUAUGGAAGGGAGUUAAAAGCACAGGGAAGGUUGUAUAUUUCACGGCUCUGUUCCCGUACGUGGUUUUGGUUAUUCUUUUGGGUCAUGGUGCCACCCUACCUGGAGCCUUUGAUGGGAUUGUAUACUACCUGAAACCAGACUGGUCCAAACUAGGAGAAGCACAGGUGUGGAUUGAUGCUGGAACCCAGAUUUUCUUCUCCUAUGCCAUCGGACUGGGUGCCCUGACGGCACUGGGCAGCUACAACCGCUUCUAUUACAACUGUUACCGGGAUGCGUUUCUGCUGGCGCUCAUUAACAGCGGAACCAGCUUCUUUGCAGGCUUUGUCGUUUUCACGGUGUUGGGCUUCAUGGCUGCAGAGCAAGGUGUGGACAUCAGUAAGGUAGCUGAGAGUGGACCCGGCCUGGCGUUUAUAGCCUACCCAAAGGCUGUGACUUUGAUGCCUCUGGCUCCAUUCUGGGCAGCACUCUUUUUCUUUAUGUUACUUGUACUUGGCUUGGACAGUCAGUUUGUUGGGGUAGAAGGUUUAAUAACCGGACUUAUGGACAUGCUUCCCUUUGGCACGUUGCGGCGAGAGAUGGUAGCCGCCAUUUGCUGUUUCAUCUGCAUCAUCAUUGACUUGUCCAUGAUCACAGAGGGAGGGAUGUAUGUCUUCCAGUUGUUUGACUACUACUCUGCCAGUGGCAUCACUCUGCUGUGGCAAGCUUUCUGGGAAUGUGUGGUAAUUGCGUGGGUCUAUGGUAAGACACGAGCUCUCCGUUCAGUCUCUUGUUGUACCCCUGUAUCUUAUGACCUCUUGUCAGGCGCAGACCGUUUCAUGGACGACGUGGCUCGGAUGAUCGGCUAUCAUCCCUUUCCGUACAUGAAGUGGUGCUGGUCCUACAUCACGCCCCUUGUCUGCAUGGGAGUGUUUGUAUUUCAUUUGAUGAACUAUCAGCGCCUAACUUACAACAAGUUGUACAUAUACCCGUGGUGGGGUGAAUUGUUUGGCUGGACAUUGGCCCUUUCCUCCAUGCUUUGCAUCCCACUCACUGUUGUGUACAAACUGCUGCGUGCCAACGGAUCAUUUCGGGAGCGAUGGAAACGCCUCAUAACCCCACGAUGGGGCAGACAUCACCUGGAGUAUCUGACCGCGGAGAACGAAGGCAUGCCGCUGCGGAAAGGAUCCAACAAUGUUCGUAUCUCAGAAGCGUAAUGCGAUACCCAAAUACCGAUGAAGUAGCAACCAGAGGUGGGCAGAGGUGGCCGCUCCGUCCAUCCUUAUUCAUGAUACAAUCGUCCCUCCGUCCCUGUCCCCUCUCAUCAUUUGA